AUGCGAGUCCUACUUCCUUUCGGCCACCUGCUGCGCAGAUUUCUACUUGCCGGUUUGAUAGCGAGCAUCCUCACCUCAGCGUAUCUCGACGCGUUUUUACGCGGCCUGCACUCGAACCUGUUCAGAAGGAGCCUUCCAGGAUCUCUUGCAACAGCGCCUCAAGGCGCGGUAGGCUACUAUCAGCCACCCCCAGGUCCUGCUGUCACCUAUCCCUACCGGGUCUUAACAACUUCCGCACCAUCAAAUGAAGAAACGGCGGCAACGACAGUAACCGGUACGAGUAUACCGACAGAAAUCAAACAAGGAUCAUCGAAAGAUGGAAGCAAUGGCAUAAACGAGUAA